AUGGUAUUGAGCAGACCACCAAAGCUUUGCAACUUUUUAGAAUGGAAAGAAUACAAGAUCAUCUUUAAGCGUUAUGCCAGUUUGUUUUUCGUUGUUUGUGUCGAUCGUUCUGAUAAUGAACUCAUCGUAUUAGAGAUCAUUCAUCAUUUUGUAGAGAUUUUAGAUCGUUAUUUUGGAAAUGUGUGUGAAUUAGAUUUGAUUUUCAACUUCCAUAAAGCCUAUUAUAUUUUAGAUGAAUUGAUUAUGGCAGGUGAACUUCAAGAGACUAGCAAGAAGACUGUUUUAAGAAUUAUGGCACAGCAAGAUGCUCAACAAGAGAAUCCAAGUGAACACAAAGUUGAUCUAUAA